CUGUAAUUAGAUAAAUCCAGACUUAAAAAAAAAAAAUCUAAUGCUUCAAAACCCUUGUUGGUUCUUCUUCUCGCUCCAUUAAUUCAUCUUAAGCAAGCUUCUUCGAUCUCCCUCGUGUUGGAUGGCACAUUCUUUGAGUUUCAUCUCCACCAACUUGAACAGUUUAGUCCUUAAUCAUCAUCAGUGGCAGAGUUUUGGAACGUCUGUGUUGUCGCCAUCAAAAUGUAAGAGGAAAAUUGCAAGAAGGGUUAGAGCUUUGCAAGAGACUGAAGGUGGUCCAACUCCAAGAAGAUUGAUCGACAUUAUAAGAUCGGUUCCUGAAAUCUCUAGGAAUUACUUCAAGAAGCCAUCAAGGAGAACGCUUUUCGGAGGAAUCUCGUUGUUAGGUGGGUUCUAUGUCGCGCAGACUAUCUCUCUGUCGUUUGGUGCUUUAGGUGUGAAUGAUGUUAUCGCUGCGGUUUUGUGUGUUCUUUUGACAGAGUAUGCGACUAGGUUCUACUAUAGUCGUACCACGGUGACGUUUCCGAUUGCUCUACUUAAUAAUUUCAAGAUGGGUUUCACUUAUGGUCUCUUUAUUGACGCGUUCAAGCUGGCUAGCUGACUUUUGUUUGCACGACAGAAAGAGAUUCAAAGUGUAGAUGUAAAGAUUAAAAUCAAGCUUUUGGAAUCGUUUGAGAACUCCGUUACAUGUUUUUUUUUUUCCCUUGAUGUAAUAUUGUUAUCAUAAUUUUUGUAUUCAAGCAACCGAAAACUUCAAAGUUAGAGAGAAUCUGUAGUAUGCUAAAGGGUUAUUUCUUGUUAGCUAUGUGAAAUACUUUGCCU